CUCCAUUUGGUGGGCUUCCUUAUCUUCCUCCUCUCUCGUUUCUUUCUAUAUAUAAAACCUUCCAUCCUUCAUCUUUCUCUCUUCAACUCAAUUCCUUAAAGCUAUGUCUUCCACCACCAUUUUCUCACCUUCUUCUCCAUCCUCUUCCCCUCUCACUCGCUUCUCAUUCUCUCACAAGCCCUCUUUACCUCUCGAUCACAUCCAUUUCCCCUCCCAUUCCUCCAAUUUCAACAACAACAACUCCCUUCUUCUCAGGAAAAAUCUCAGAACCAUGGCUGUUUCUAUCGAGAAGGAAACCCCCAUCGCCGAACGCCCCGAUUCCUUCCUUACUGCAUACGACAAAGCCACUGGAGGAAUCUCUUCCGGUUCUUCUUCUGUCAGGGCUCGCUUCGAGAAGAUGAUUAGGGAUGCUCAGGACAGUGUUUGCGACGCCAUUGAGAAAGCCGAUGGUGCUGGUAACUUUAAGGAGGAUGUUUGGUCUAGACCUGGUGGUGGUGGCGGUAUCAGUAGGGUUCUUCAAGAUGGUGCUGUUUGGGAGAAGGCUGGCGUUAAUGUCUCCGUUGUCUAUGGAAUUAUGCCUCCUGAUGCUUACAGAGCUGCCAAAGCUUCUGCUGCUCAUCAGAAGCCUGGUGAAAUUCCAUUCUUUGCCGCCGGGAUUAGCUCAGUUUUACAUCCUAAGAACCCCUUUGCACCUACUUUGCAUUUCAACUAUCGAUAUUUCGAGACUGAUGCUCCCAAAGAUGCCCCGGGUGCACCUAGGCAAUGGUGGUUUGGUGGUGGGACCGAUUUAACUCCUUCCUACAUCUUUGAGGAAGACGUCAAGCAUUUCCAUUCGGAACAAAAAAAAGCCUGUGACAAAUUUGAUCCAUCCUUCUAUCCUCGAUUCAAAAAAUGGUGCGAUGAUUACUUCUAUAUCAAGCACCGAAACGAAAGGCGAGGUCUUGGAGGAAUAUUUUUUGACGAUCUAAAUGACUAUGAUCAGGAGAUGCUUCUAUCAUUUGCCACUGAGUGCGCCAAUUCUGUUAUUCCUGCCUACAUACCCAUCAUAGAGAGAAGAAAGGAUACCCCAUUUACUGAACAGCACAAAGCAUGGCAACAACUUCGCAGAGGCCGCUACGUCGAAUUCAACUUGGUUUACGAUCGUGGUACUACAUUUGGACUGAAAACAGGAGGUCGGAUUGAAAGUAUUUUGGUAUCACUCCCUCUAACAGCGAGAUGGGAAUAUGACCAUAAACCUGAAGAGGGAAGUGAAGAAUGGAAAUUAUUGGAUGCAUGCAUCAACCCAAGAGAAUGGAUCUAAUAUUUCCAUUGCUUUGGUCAGAGUAAGUACUAAAGUUUAGGUUCAGAUGAGCAAUAUGAGUUCUUGAAGAGGACUCCUUAUGCGGCUUAUUUGCUCACUCCCUCCUCAUUCUUUCCUGAUUUUGCUUGUGUAUGUUUGUUGGCUGUAGCUUUCAUAAUUGUGUAAUUGAAAUGUAGCACUUACUGAUUAGCUUGUUCUUAUGUUUUUAAUAAAAUAAAUGUCUAAUUGUAUUGUUAAAAUAAAUAUAUUAUCCUUAGGAAUGUCAGAAAACAGAAAUUUUCCAUUUUAGAUUGAGUUUAUCUUUUGGGAUUAAAGUAGAGCAAGGCUAUGUUGUAAUUGUAAUGGGAUGAUAAUAAUAUAUAAUCAAACCUUUUGGAAUUAUUCGAAAA